AGAGAGAGAGAGAGAGAGAGAGAGCGAGAGAGCGAGAGAGAGAGCGAGAGAGAGCGAGCGAGCCCCACCGACCCUCGAGCGACCAAGUGAGGCACCGACUGGAGCAAGCUGGGCGGGGGAAGUAACUGCAGUACUGGCCUUGAAAAAUACUAAAUUGCUGAAUUACAGCAAUUUAACGUUAAAGCAUCCUUUUCAUCUAAAGCAAAAUGUCAUCAUCUAGUAAAGACAACAGCGCUCAACAUGCGAAUUACGUGGGACCGUAUCGCCUGGAAAAAACGCUCGGCAAGGGACAGACAGGUCUGGUGAAGUUGGGGGUCCACUGCGUCACGUGUCAGAAAGUUGCCAUAAAGAUCGUGAACCGGGAGAAGCUCAGUGAAUCAGUGUUGAUGAAGGUCGAGAGGGAAAUAGCCAUUUUGAAGCUCAUAGAACAUCCUCAUGUAUUAAAGUUGCAUGAUGUCUAUGAAAAUAAGAAAUAUUUAUAUCUAGUCUUAGAGCAUGUGUCAGGUGGUGAGCUCUUUGACUACCUGGUAAAGAAGGGCAGGUUAACACCUAAAGAAGCCAGGAAGUUCUUCAGGCAAAUCAUCUCAGCACUGGACUUCUGCCACAGUCACUCAAUAUGCCACAGAGACUUGAAGCCAGAGAACUUGCUGCUGGACGAGAAGAACAAUAUCCGGAUAGCGGACUUUGGAAUGGCUUCUCUGCAGGUUGGAGACAGUCUCUUGGAAACCAGCUGCGGGUCUCCGCACUACGCGUGCCCAGAGGUGAUUAGGGGAGAGAAGUAUGAUGGCCGGAAAGCAGAUGUUUGGAGUUGUGGUGUUAUUCUCUUUGCACUUUUAGUGGGUGCCCUGCCGUUCGAUGAUGACAACCUGAGGAACCUGCUGGAGAAGGUGAAGCUGGGUGUGUUCCACAUGCCUCACUUCAUCCCCCCGGACUGCCAGAACCUACUGAGGGGCAUGAUUGAGGUGGAUGCAGCCAAGCGACUCACGUUAGAACAGAUACAGAAGCACACAUGGUACAUUGGGGGCAAAAACGAGCCUGAGCCGGAGCAGCCAGUCCUGAGGAAGGUGGCGAUCCGGACGCUGCCCUCUGCCGAGGACAUUGACCCGGACGUGCUGGAGAGCAUGCACUCGCUCGGCUGCUUCCGGGACAAGAACAAGCUGAUGAAGGACCUGCUGUCAGAUGAUGACAACCAGGAGAAGAUGAUAUAUUUCCUCCUCCUGGACCGUAAGGAGAGGUACCCAAGCCACGAAGACCAAAACUUGCCCCCUCGCAACGAGAUCGACCCCCCCAGGAAAAGGGUGGACUCUCCUCUGUUGACCAGGCACAACAAGCGGAGGCCGGAGCGCAAGUCCAUGGAGGUGCUGAGCGUGACCGAGGGCGGCUCACCGGUGCCCGUGCGACGAGCCAUCGACAUGAAUCAGCAUGGGCAGAGUAAAUCUGUUUUCAGUAAAAGCCUGGAUAUUUCAGAUGCCAACCCCAAAGUACAAAGCAAAGAAGAAAGGUCACGGUCCAUCAGUGGAGCUUCCUCUGGCCUGUCUACCAGUCCUCUCAGCAGCCCACGGCCUGUGCGGCGCUUUUUUGUUCCCCCACAAUCCUCGGAGCUCACGCAGUCGCCCAACAACAGCCCCACUCACUCACCCGUCACCCGCCUUAACGGAACAGGCCUCAACUCCCCUAAUGCCUUCCAGCCAAAGAUGGGAGCCCUGCAGGCCUUCACUGGCAAAACUCAGACCCUCCCUGCCAAGUCCAAAGUCACAGACAAGCCUCUGCAGACCACCAGGUCCAACCCGUUCCCAAACACAAUGCCUUCGCCUUCAGCAGCCAAAUCCGAGCCCUCCACACCCUCCACACCUCUGGCCCCAACCAUCACCAACAGCCCAAAGGUGCGCAGGCCGCCCCUGACCGUGCCCCCUAAGCUCUCUGUGCCACUCUCUCAGGUUUCGCCCCUCUCGCCCAUCCGGCUACACCACCUGCACCCGCUGGCCGGGACUGACCACAGUAUCCCCACUGUACAGGUAACCCCCCACCCCUCUCCCAGGGGAAGCCCCCUCCCGACCCCCAAAGGGACGCCUGUGCACACACCCAAGGAGAGCCCUGCAGGCACACCCAGCCCCACGCCGCCGCCCAGCCCCUCUAUCGGGGGUAUGCCCUGGAGGACACGUCUCAAUUCCAUCAAAAACAGCUUCCUCGGCUCACCACGAUUCCACCGCAGGAAACUGCAAGUACCCACACAAGAGGAAAUGUCCAGCCUAACACCGGAGUCUUCCCCCGAACUUGCCAAAAAAUCUUGGUUUGGUAAUUUCAUUAAUCUGGAGAAAGAGGAGCAGAUUUUUGUUGUGAUCCAGGAUAAACCUCUGAGCUCGAUCAAAGCGGAUAUAGUCCAAGCCUUUCUCUCAAUCCCCAGCCUGAGCCACAGUGUGGUGUCUCAGACGAGUUUCCGGGCAGAGUACAAGUCUACAGCAGGCCCUGCUGUCUUCCAGAAGCCUGUCAAAUUCCAGGUGGACAUCACCUACACGGAGAGCACAUCAGCCACCAAGGACAACGGCAUUUACUCUGUCACCUUCACCCUGCUCUCAGGUCCCAGCCGACGUUUCAAACGAGUGGUGGAGACGAUUCAGGCUCAGUUGUUAAGCUCACAUGAGCAGCCUGCCGUUCAGCAGCUGUCUGGGAUUAUCCAGAAAACGUGUUAGAGGCCGAAUGCUGCUCUCACACGAGCUUCAUGUACAGUAUGUUGAUGGAAGGCACAUUACACAGCAAGUACAAGCUACAGACGGAUGCUCCUCAAGCCCCGCCCCAUGCAACAGCACCCCGACAUGUCACCGAGGUCUGCUCAGACUCCGCCCACUUUCUUCUGUCCCCAGCCACAUACAUCGGAAGAAUUGAGAAAAGCCUUAAUCGAACAAACCUACUACACAUAUGAUCAUGUUCUGAUGUCUUUAUUCUGCUCUCUUUGUUUUCUCUUACCAUGCUCUUUAUACUUUUUUUGGAUUAUUUCCUAUUUUUUCCUUUGUUCUCCUGUUUUUUCCAUCUCUGUCUUGCUCUUUAGUGGUCUCCUUUUAUCUCCUGUUAUUACUUCUUACUGUUUCAGAUACUCCAUCACAUAAAAUACACACACAAAGCCCAAAUAUAGUAACAGGAGGAGACACUGAAGUUGACAUUUUGGAUAUCAUAAGGCGUUUGAGGAAUAGCCCACAUGAACUCUUGAUGGAUUGUAUUCUUUUCAAUGUAGUCUUUCUUUAUGAAUGACAGAAUUUAAAUAUUUUAUGGACUUUGUGUCAUUGCUGUACAAGAUUUUGAAAUGUUAUUUGAAAAAAAAUGGGGUAGCCUAUUUUGGGGUGGGUUGGGGUUGGAAGAGAGUAAUGUUUCAGCAAAUGAUCUAUUCUCUUGUACAGACUGUAUAUGUUCCUAAUGUAAAACUUGUCCAGCUGUGACUUUGCUUCGAAUGAUUGUGUUGCAAAUUUUCUUCCAUGUAGUGAUGAUGAAACAUUUAAUUUUCUGUCACCGGACAGAAAUUAUUCUUAAUGUAUUCAAGUUACUUUUGAUGUCAAUUUUUAAAAUAUUUUUGAAGAAGCAUCUGCAGGAUUCAGAGAACUUUGGCCAUAAUGGUGUAUAAUUUUAUAACUUAUUUAUUAUUUAUUUUAUUUUUGUUCUUGAUCUUAAUUUGUUGUUGUUUUUAAUUUAUUCAGCUGGGACUAUUUAUAAACCAAAUCGGGUAGUUUAGCGUUUGUAUCAGAUUGAAGAAUUUUGUCAUUUGUGUUUGUUAAAACUCAUCUGAUUUUUGUGAAAGAAGCACACUUUUGUUCCUGGCUUUGAUCAGAAAAAGAGCUUGUAGUAUAUGUUAAAUUAUUUACCAGUAAUUUAAGAAUGUAGACUAGACUCUUUAUGGUAGGGGUGGGAGGGGGACAUGAACUUAUGAUCUAUUGAUAUUUGUCACUUUUCAUCUCAUAGUGCGUGUUCAACAGGUCCACACACUCCAACUACAUGAUGUAAAUAGAUGACUUUUGGCAAUGACUUUCUUUAAGACACCAAGGGGAUGCUCCUGCACCUAGCUGUGUUCUCGUAUUGCCGUUUGCAUGUCUGACAUUCGGCUUUCCUUUGCAUGAUGUUGUAGGUGUUCAAUUUGCCCUCCCCUGCACCUUUUCUAGUUAGCAGAGUAAUUGACUUGUUUCUCUUCCACUGUUUACGUUCCUCUUCUCAUCCCUUUCUUUUUUGUUGUUUUGUUCCAUUUGUUUAUUGGUUAAUACUCCUUUUUUUUUUUUACUGUGAGAACAUUUUCUCUACCCAUGCUUUCUCUACUCUGUAUUGUUCUCUCCGAGAGGGGUCUGGUGAUGUCAUAGCGCACGCUGUUGCAGGUGGUCAUCCACAGCCCGGGGGUGAGAUUCUGCUGAAGACAAAUAAACUAAGCAAUACCUAUUCUUAUCCUUCCUGUUUUAUACUUUCGGAGAGAUACUGGAUUGUUGUGAAAUACCGAUUGGUUCAUACUGAGCAGGAACAACAACAACAAAAAAAUAAACUGCUAAAUGUAUCCCCUUGUAACUACUGUGAACAAAUUCAGUGCAAACAGAAAUAAAUCCAUUGGAUUCUU